AUGGUUGACUCCAAGCUAUCCUUUUCCGCCCAUCUCCGGUCAGUUGCUGCCAGGGCAAACUCACGUCUUGGCCUCCUACGUAGAGCUGCUCGUGUUCUGGACUGCCGUGGCAUGCUGGCCGUGUAUCACGGCUUCGUCCGGCCCCUGCUCGAGUACGCUCCCCUUGUCUGGAUGGGAGCUGCUCCCACUAACCUUGAACACCUUAACAGAGUGCAGAGGCGUGCCCUCCACAUCCUGGGACCCAACAUCUUGCUACAGAGCCUAGAGGCCCGACGGACAGUGGCGGCACUGACUUUCGUCUACAAGCUGCUGGGUCAACCAGGUCCUCCUCUGCUGAGAUCCAUGGUCCUCCCUCUCGUCGUCCACCAUGCCGCACCUGUAACCCGGAGACAAUGCCAACAGUCUGCUUCACACCCCUUCCAACUGGAAAAUGUUCUCCCUCCAGGCGCUCCUAACUACCUAAGACGCGCCUUUCCAUACAACAUCAUCAACACCUGGAAUGCACAGCCAUCCUACCUCUUCACCAAACCACCAUCUCCUAAGGGCCUACAAUCCUUCAAAGCGAACGUCCACUACCAUCUUCGCCGAAGCCAGUGGCUUUGGGCCACAGACUCCCUCUAA